UCUGUAACCGGAUGUCGAGCUGGCAUUGCAAACUGUAGUGGUCGCUUAAACAACUGGAGCAAAAACAAUCACUUUGGCCCCAAAUUUAACGAAACUGUGUACAAAAUGGGAAGAUAUAAAUGCGCCUACAACUGCGAGACCUCCAGCGAUUCAGAUGUGAAGUUUUUCAAGUUUCCCUUGUUCAAUCCCCGAAAACUGAAGAAGUGGCUUAUCAACAUGAAGUGGAAGGACUGGACCCCAUCUCGCUUCUCUGUGCUGUGCAUCAAUCAUUUUGAGGAACAAUACAUUGACAGAACUGGAAAGUGUGUGAAACUUCGAGAAGACGCAGUCCCCACCAUAUUUUCCUCCGCUGACAACACACAGAAAAGAAAGGCUUCCAUCAACCCAAGAAGUAAGAGACACAAGCCGCCUGCUGUUAAAGCCUCACAGACGAGUCCAGCUCAGCCUCCAACUACCACUGAUGCCACAGCAAAGCGAAGCGUCCAGAACAAAGAGUCCAGACAGACAGAAGAAGAGCCUGCCAGAGACAAAGACCCAAAAAAGUCUGAGAAAUGGAGGAUUAUAGUAGACGAAGGUCUGAUGAAGAUCGAGUCUUUUCCACAUUUCUUCCAUGGAGAUUACUGUGUACCUCAGGAUAUUCAGUGGGCUCCAGAUGAUAAUGUGAGUAAAGAAGGUGAAGAUCCUGAGAACGUGAUAGAGGUGAAAGAGCCGUGGCAGUGGCUUGGUCUGGAUGUCAGAGGGCCGCUGCCCCAAACACUGAACGGACACAAAUACGUUUUGACUGUGACAGACUACUACUCCAAGUGGGUGGAAGCUGUGCCUAUGCAGUCGUGCCUCCCGUCACAUGUGGUGAAGCACAUCGUGGACAUCAUCGCCCACUUUGGAUACCCGCUCAGAAUCCUCUCCAGGCUGCCUCACGACAUAGUCCACAAAAUCAACAGAGAACUGAAAGAUCAGUUGAAGGUCGCCGUCGCUCUUGUCGUCUAUCAUCAGCAGACGGGCACUGCAGAUCUGAUCACGCAGCAGCUGAUUGACAGGAUGGUAAGUGAUCUAAUAGAGGAGCAUGCAGCUGACUGGGAUGUCUACCUGCCUGCUAAGGUUUUCAGCCUGUGUUUCAAAGAGCAUUCAAAGACUAAGGAAAGGCCCUUUUCAGUGCUCUGCUGUAAGGGACACGAGCCUGUCCAAUCCCCCAGAGGACUGAAUUAUACUUAUUCCAAAAUCCGAGAGAGUGUUUUCGUGAUUAGAUAGAGAUUCAAAGUUUGUUUGGUCAAUUGAUGUAGGAAUCAAACUGGACUCGGUUUUUACUAACAAACCAGGAAGGAAGUAUUAUGGAGACCUUGUGAAGGACUGUCAUUGAUAAGUGCUGGUGUUCUGCUGUACUUCAUGGCCACAGUGGAGAACGUGGUAAACCCUGAUAGUUGGACCCGUAUGAGGACUGAAACUGAACAUUUCUACAGUGUCAUCCACUCUCUGAGGACUCAACGUCACUUUCAACCUGUUCAAUCAAAAGUAAUGUAAUGUUUUAUUACAGAUGUUAACAACACUGAACAAUGAACAACGAAUUGUGUUUGAAAUGCUGGAACCAGAGGGGUAGUUUGAGCUUGAGCCAUAUGAGUCUGAUAUAACAUUGGAUUUGUCUGUGUGGUCUCUCCUAAGCAACUGUAAGUCAGCUGUAGUCCGAACAAGCAUUUGAGUCUACUGUGCCUGAUUGUUUGUUGUUGUUUUAUGUCUAUAAAAUGUAAAACAUGUCAAUAAACUUCAAAUACGAA